AUGAGCAAUACAUCUAAUAUAGUAGUAUUUUCACUGUCUGGCUUCAAUGCAACAGUCUACAGAGUCACACUUUUCUCUCUCACUUUAUUAAGUUACUGUGUCAUUCUGGUCAUAAAUGUGUCUCUCAUUUUAACCAUUACACUGGAUGAAAACCUCCAUGAACCUAUGUACAUCUGUUUGUGUAACCUGUUUAUUAAUGAACUUUAUGGGACUGCAGGUUUUUACCCUAAAUUUGCUUUUGAUCUUCUGUCUGAUGUUCAUGUAAUAUCAUAUAUUGGAUGCCUUUUGCAAAUCUUUGUUAUUUACUCUUAUUUAUUGGUUGACUACUCUGCUUUAGCUCUGAUGGCUUAUGACAGAUAUGUGGCCAUAUGUCGACCACUGGAGUAUCACUCUGUAAUGUCAGUGAGAAGGACUGCUGUGUUAGUUGCUUUGUCCUGGCUUGUACCGUUGUGCUGUGCAAUUAUCAGUGUAACUUUGACAUCCACAUUGCAGUUAUGUGGCUCACACAUAGAGAAACUCUACUGUGAGAAUUGGGCAAUUGUUAAACUUGCUUGUAGUUCAACCAAGGCUAUUGACAUUUUUGGAUUGAUUGUUAUGACCUUCUAUAUAGGGCACUUCCUCUUCAUUUUAGGUUCAUAUGUGCAGUUGGUAAAAUCAGCUUUAAAAUCCAGAGAGGGCAGGAGAAAGUUUACACAGACAUGUGUGCCACAUUUAUUGUGUUUGUUUAAUGUUUCGGCUUCUUUACUUUUUGAUGUCAUGUACUCGAGGUAUGGAUCAGCAGCUGUGCCACAGAGUGUAAACAACUUCAUGGCCAUACAGUUUCUCCUGAUCCCAGCUAUAGUGAACCCUAUAAUUUAUGGGCUGAUCCUGACUAAAAUUUGAGGUAGAAUGAUAUUAAUGUCCAUGAUGAUAAAUCAAAGGUUUAAAUUGGGACUAAAGGUAUGAUAUACAUAUAACAAGUCCAGAAUCACUCUGGAUAAACAGAUGAGUGUUUGGUUGAUGUGAUUAUCCUGCUGCACCUCCUCUGUCAGGCUGUUGAUCUGAAAGACAAAAUUAUAUACAGUGUCGUGGCUAGAGUGGUAAUG